CAGCCCGCUGGUGCUGAUGCUGACGGGGGUGCUGGUGCUCAUCGCCCUCAUCUCCAUCAUCUUCUUCGUAAGCGGAGGGAGCCACUUCCAGGACCCUCUUUUCUGUGUGUUUGUGGUGUUCUCCUUCACCUCCAUCGUUGACUUGAUCAUCGCUCUGGAGGAGGAUGGCUACAUCUCUGGCUUCGUGGAGGUCUACAUCAGAGAGGGUGAGUCCUACCUGCGCACGGCACACGGCAUCAUGAUCUGUUACUGGGACGGCAUCAUCCACUACGGGCUCUACCUCGCUAUGAUCGUGGCCAUCGACCAGAGAAAGAGCUACAGGAACCUGGGUCUCUUCUGGCUGGGCUCUCUGAUGAUGAGCAUCAUCGUCUUCCUCCUUGGGAACCUGAUAGGGAAACACAGCUCUGACCUCAGCCCAGCCUUCCUCCUCAACCUGCCCUACAUCCUCAUCCCCACCUGGGUGUUUUCCCUCUCCCAGGUUUCAGAGGAGCAACGCAAGGGGCUGUACCAGCGGCCACAGGACAUGGGGCUGGUCCUGGUCCUGCUCCUCACCGCAGCCUUCACCUUCUUCAGGGGGAUGGUGGUUCUGGACUGUCCCGCUGAU